AUGACAGUUACAAUGGACGAGGAUUUUCUUCGGGCGACGGCACAUCUCGACAACGAAACGGCUCAAGUAAAGCCAGAACCUGAUGCUGAUCACCAGCCCGACACGGCACCGAGUCCUCAACCAACACCUACAGAACUGUUUACAGUGCUUCGCGACAUUACAGAUUCACCAAAACCCACCGAAUCUACACCAACAUCACAUCCAAAAUCCUCCAAUCUCUCAAGUAGGCGUAGUCAGGAUGCGUCUUCUCGCCGAACGCUCUCGAGGCUCGCUAGUUCUGAUGCGACAACGCCAUGUCUCAUGUGCCCGAGUGCAAGCAAGCUUGUCUGCCAUGUAUGCGACUCUAUCUCCUACUGCACGUCUGCUUGUAGCAACGCAGAUUCCAAGGCCCAUCAGACACUCUGCAACACUCGAGCAGAGUAUGUCCAGCGUCCAAAUGAGGCGAUGAGGCGCGCCAUCUACUUCCCAGAAUCACCAAGUGAGUCAAUUCGAUUUACUUGGGUCAAGUUCCAGGAAGCGUGGACCGAAGACAACGAACGACACGAAAUUGCGCUCGUAGGUGGCUUCUUUAACGUCCCGCAAAAUCAGCGAUCAUCUUAUUAUAUCACACGAAACGAGGUCCUCUGCAGGCGUUUGUCACAUACAAUCCGGGUCAUUGCGGCCAACGACGAGUGUCCAUUCAAUCAGAUCAAUUCUUCAGUGGCCAAACACAUCGAUCAGCAUCAUGCGCACCGUUGGAAGGGUCCAUUACUUGCAAUCGCUUUACAAAACACUGCAUCCAAUCCCGAAUUGCCCCUGGGUGAUGAUAUUGCAAUCGAAGACCUUCGCCAUGUCUUGGACUUUCUGAAUACGCACAAUAGCACAGCUUUGAGCACUGACUUAGAACGCUACUUCGGACGAACUGUGCGUGGCGUCAGGAUCAAUUCUUCUGGCGAUCGAGCGUCGGCCGAAAUACCUGAUGAGUUCGAAGCUGUACGUGUGCCGACAACACACUCUGUCUUUCACCAAACAGGUUCGUGUACCCUUCCCAUUUCCGAACAGGUCGAAAUACCAAUCAUCUACGCGAAAAGUCCUCGGAGGGCCGAUCGUGAGGCAUUACAAGAGACUGAAAAGUCGGGCAAGCGAAAGAGUGACUGGAAUUCGGCAUUCCGAGACCUUAGACAGUCUUGGCUACUUAGUUCUCAAGAGGACUUCGCUGAGGCUGCCUUUAUUCGUGUCAGUGAAGAUGAGAUGGUCGCAGAAUACUACCUUGGCUCCGCGAUUUUAGUGCGUCAGGACGAGAAGCCUCUGUGUGUCAAGCAUGUGGAGGCGCUUUGGAGGUACAACAAAUAUCUACUAGAGCCCAAGAUGACAAUCGCGUCCAGGACAGUUGUGGCACCUGGCUCGGCCGGUCAGGCGAACGGUGAUGAGCAGAUGGUGGAGACAUAUCUGUGCAAGGCAAGGUUCGCGCAAUUCUACUCUGAUGGUCAAUGCUUCCAGAGGACUGCGGCGGAGCGCGCCGUACCUUCACCUUAUGAAGUGAAGAAGCAGAAAGGAACUCUCAAACGCAAGAGCUCGGCCAAUUUCUUUACCCGCAUCACAAGAAAGUCGAAGUGGGAGUGGACUUCGGACUGCGACCGGGAUUCUGGAGCCGAAGAGUAG